GGCGCAGCGGCGACCCGGAGCCCGUCUGCACAGGUCGACAACAUAAGCACACCAUGCACAUGGGUCUGCAUCACCUGCACAAUCAUGCCACCAUGCGCAUUGGCACCUCGUUUGUGCGGCGCCGGUGCGCUCUUGCGACAGCGCGCGGGCGCGCGCGGCUCGAGGAGGAGGCGCUCGCCGCCCUCAACGGCGUGCUCGACCCAGCACUCGCGCGCUGCAAGCGGCUCGCCGUGCAGCCCGACGCGACUGUGGCGGUCAAGCUCGAGUUCCGCUCCGGCGCGAUGAGACGCGGCGCCGUCGAGGCGGCCGCCGCGGCCGCGAUUGAGGCUCUACCGUGGGCGCGCCGCAGCAGCGUCGAGUCCACGCUCUCGCGCCCGCGCUCAUUUAUGGGCUCCAAUGCGCCGCCGUCGCUGCGGCACGUUGGCGCGCUGGUUGGCAUCAGCAGCUGCAAGGGCGGCGUGGGCAAGUCGACCGUCGCGGUCAACCUCGCCUACGCCCUCGCCACCCAGGGCGGGCGGGUCGGGCUCCUCGACGCAGACGUGCACGGCCCGUCGCUGCCGUCGCUGGUGCGGCUGCCGCCCGGCUCGUUGCCGCUCCGGCAGGACGCGCAGACGCGGCUCCUCGCGCCGGCCGAAGCCGACGGCGUGAGGCUCAUGUCUUACGGGUUCGUGGGCAAGGGCGCUUCGAGCGGGGCGGUGCCGGCGGCGGUGAUGCGCGGCCCGAUGGUAGGCAAGACAGUCGGGCAGAUGCUCUCGGGGACCGACUGGGGCGAGCUCGACUACCUUCUCGUCGACCUGCCGCCCGGCACGGGCGACGUGCAUCUCACGCUCUCGCAGACAUACGGCCUGUCCGCGGCGGUGCUGGUGACGACGCCGCAGCGCCUCUCGACGGUGGACGUGCUCAAAGGCGUCGACAUGCUGCGAGAGCUCGGCGUGCCGAUGAUCUGCCUCGUCGAGAACACGGCCCACUUUACCGACGACACAGGCCGGACGCACCUGCCCUUUGGCGGCUCGCAGCUCGAGGCGGUGAGGCGGCACGCGGGUCUACGCGAGAGCGACACCUUCCGCCUCCCGAUCGAGCCUCAGGUGGGAGAGGCAGUCGAUGCGGGCUCGCCGCUCCAGCUGCUCACAUCGCAGAGCGAGUCGGCGCACGCCCUCCGCGCGGCGGCGCGCCACUUGGUGGUCGCGAUUGGGGAGCGGCAACACGGCGCCGCGGCGGGCGGGAGUGGGUCGCAUCUGCGGUACGACCCGAAGCGCGGGCUCGUCCUCCGCGUACUCAGCGGCGACCACGAGGGGCGGGAGUUCGUGCUCUCGAAGGCCGCGCUGCACGCGCUGCGCGGCGGCGCGGGUGCGGGCGACGCGUCUGCGCCGCUGCUGGACACGGUCGAGCCGUGCGAGACCGAGGCGGGCCAGCCCGGCGCCAAGCUCUACUGGUGCGGUGGCGGUGCGACAGUCGUCCCGCUUGGGGAUUUCCCGCAUCUGGCGGCCGCGCACGGGUAGUGAUGUGGGUGGUGGGGCGCCCGGUAGAGCCCGGGUCGCGGUGCUCGCACGGCGUGCACAGAGACGUUGAGCGAGGAGGCCGAAAAUUUUCGUCUUCAUGAUGAAUGUACGUAGCGAC